ACCCGCCAGCCAAACGAAGGAGAUGAAUCGAACUGCUGCGCUGUCCCCUGGCAGCUUGUCCAGCCGCACACUUCCGGCUCUCUUGUUUGUCCUGCUGCUCGGCCUGGUGGCCCAGACCGUUGGUCGUCCAUCCUCCGAGGACGAGAGCGACUAUGCCAUCAUACCGCCGGAUGCCGACAAUGUAGAGAUACAUAAAGUAAAGAUUGUGAAUGGCGUCAUGCAGAAGGAUCAUCCGGUGAUCAUGUACAAGGAGGAUUUUGUCAGCGAAGAUUAUGAUCCCACCAAAUCCGAAACCGCAACUGAUCAACACAAGAAGCACAAGCGAACUCAUCACCAUCAUGCACAGCAACGUCCGGAUAAAGAGGAGGACCAAAUCCUUUUCGAUAUCCUUCCCGACAAGCCGAUCGUCCUAGCCGAAGAUCUUAAAGGUCUCCCAGCCAGUAAAGUCAAAGCGGAGCAACUGGCGGAACCGGUACCCAACAAGGAGGUGUAUCUGGGAAAGCAUCCCAAGAAGUACCACAGUCGUCAACGCCGACAAGCCUAUUAUAAAAUAAAUGGCAAUGAAGAAGUCAUCAAAUUUCACUAUAGAGUACCUUACAAGGAAGUCUCGCCAUUAAUAUAUACACCUAUUUAUUAUCCGGUGUGGAAUAAGAAACCACAUCUAACGGGGAAUCAACAGAAAGAUAACACUCCUACACCAAUUUUCAUUGGAACUAGAGGAGAUCUCGACUUGCUACACACAUCAGAUCCUGAACAAGCUGAUUAUUCUAUUUAUAAUCAAACCACGACCACCACGCCUCGGCCACAAUUUGUACGCGACGAUAGAGAACCAGGUAAGUGAUCUCAGCAACGGCGACCUUCUUUCCUUCCCCGACCUCCGCCCACACGGCGUCCGCAGGUGGGACUCCCAACUUUGGCUCCCAACCGAAGGCCAAGCAACCAGUCGCCACAGUCGGACAGUGAACCCAAGGUCAGCAAAUGUGUUUGGGCGAUCUUCAACUGCUGCUCCGACGAGAGCAAGAAGGUUCGGUACAACUGUUUCGAGGAUUACGGCUGCCAUGGAGCCUUCUGGGACGUCAAUCCGUGUGCCGAUGACAGUGUGAUGCAAGCGGAACUCGCGCCCCUAGCCGGUUUCUCGGUUCCCGGAUUUGCCGCACCACUCCCACCGCGUCGACCCUCCACCAGGAAAGAUGCCUUCCAAUUUCCCCAGGAGCAGGGCUACAAGCAGGACAGCUCUUGCCAGCGAGCCUCGAAAGUGUGCUGUUCCCAGAGAAGUCUUGGAUCCCAGUAUGACUGUUUCCACCAUCACGGAUGCCAGGAGAGCAUCUCGACCAUUAUCUCCACCUGCUCUUAGAAUGCGCAGCAUAAAUCCCAAUAAGUCCACAUAUAUACAUUGCAAAUUUUGUCUGUGGCACGAACCUCGCGUUUCUACUGCCUCAUUUGCACCCUUGGGAUUCCCAGAUGAAUCUUGGAAAGCUCACCUAUAUAACAUGUCACUUCUAGUCGGCUUUGCCAGACAGGCUGGCCCUAUUUAAUAAAGAGAUUUCUGUUUCGAAC